AGGACCUUUUGCCCACUAAGAAGUCUGUCUUCCUAGCAAGCUGGUUUUUCAGUGCCAAUAAAUCCCUUUUUGCCAUACAGAUUUCAGCUUUGUGAAUUCUUUCGCAUAGGACCUGCACUUCCACCGAUAGGGGAUUUCCCCACUCCAAUUCUUGCACCUCCUCACAACUACCACCACUGACCUCAUAAUUUUGGUUCCCUGACUGGGAAUCCCCAAGAAUCUGGACUAAGUAAAGACUUUUUUUGUUGUCUAUUCUAUAACUAGGGCGAUCCAGAUUCCUGGGAAAAUUUGGAUUGUUGGAACUCCACGCUCCAGCAGAAUUCUCUUUCAGGGAUGCCUGAAAUGAAUUCCUGCAUUCUGUGACAAAAGCCCCACUUUAAUCAGAGAGCACUUUGUCAUCUCUACAUUUCUGGGGAUGCUUAGAGACAAGACAGGGAGCUAUAGAAUCGGGAAAACUAACGUUUGUGGCAAAAUGGGACAAUCCAUUAGAAAGUCUCUCAAAAAUACAGACAAAUUAGGCUUGAGAUAUCGCAAAACUAAAAAGUUUACAGCACUGCAGAAUGCUGCUUAAAUUUGCUAGAGGGAAAUCAAAUUCCCUCCUUCCUGCUCCUCUAGGGAGACAGGAUCCCUCCUCUGUACCCCUAUGCAGUUCCUAUCAGGAAGCUUCUGAAUCUCUUCCAGAACAGGACCUUAUAUGCGGCAAUAUCUCUUUAACUCUAUCUCUCUCACCUGAAUCAGAUCGAGACUUCCCAGGUCCCACUCCUCAAUACAUGGAAUACAACCCUUUUUUCUCCUCCUCAAGAUACUGAUUUUAACUUCUGCCCUCUGGGAGAAGCAGCAGACUCUCAGGGAGAGAUACUCAGAGAAGAGCUUCCUCUCGCAAUGUCAAAUCUCUCCCAGAUUAAGGAAAAACCUAGCCAUUACUCUAAGGACCCCAUCCAGUUUUUGAGGGAUCCAAGGCCAAUGCUCUCCUUGAUUAUAUGGGUAAAUCUUGGCCUGGGGGCUGGGGAGCAAUUUGAGCUAACUAUCCAGCUGAGAUCUCCAAUUGAAUGAGACCCCUAGCUGGGAGUUUACAGGCUUUUCCCAGAGUCUGGGAGUACCCUCCCCAAAGGGAACACAACUUACAUCUGGGGCCCCCUAAAAGAUCUUAGUUUAUGCCACUGAGGAAAGGACAGGAGAAGGUUUCUCAUUUUUGUUUUAAUUUUUAAAACAACUUUUAGUUUUGUCAUUUUUAUUGUCUGUUUUUCAAUUUAUCCAAUUCUUUUUUUGUGUGUUUAUUUUAUACUUAUUUUUUUGAUUUCUCAAGUUUUUAUUUUUAUUAUAUUUAUUUAUAUUUUUAAGUUCAUUGCUUUUCUUUUUCUAUUUUAUUUCUUUAUGUUCUUCGAGAUAUAAUCUUUCUUCUAAGGAUUGCUUUAGCUGCAUCCUUACAACUAUGCCCAACUUCAAAUGGAUUGCUAAGCCCAUUGAACAAGCACCAGAUUCUAAGUCAAAAGACUUAGACACCACUAAAAGGUCAAAAAUUUUCCGUCUAUUUUGGGUAGAGCAAAAUAACUUUUACUAAAAUGGUGUUUUUUACGUGCAAUGCAUGUGGAGAAUCAGUGAAGAAAGGCCAAGUGGAGAAACAUGUGAACAUAUGCAAAAACUGUCAAUAUCUUUCCUGCAUUGACUGUGGCAAAGACUUGAAGAUUCAUGAGGUGAUGAAGAAACCCAGUGUUAGUCCCAAAUUGCGGGAGAUUUUAGAAAAAGUUAGUGGUUUGGACAAUAUUCCAAGAAAAAAGGCCAAAUUUCAGAAUUGGACGAAGAACAGUUUAAAAAUUUACAAUGACUCUCUUCAGGAGCAGGUGUGGGAUAUCUUUUCUGAAGCUACCAGAAAUGGACCAAAUACAAAAGAACAAGAGAAACAGCCUCUCAACCAGGUGGAGAAUCAGCACUCAGAAAACAAAGUCAAGGCGGCUCCCCUGGAAGGUGGUGAGAAACCAGCCGGCCACCUGGAGGGCAAGAAGAACAAAAGGGAACGCAAGGAGGAGCGGCAGAAGAGCCGAAAAAAGGAGAAGAAAGAGCUGAAGCUGGAAAACCACCAAGAAAACUCCAGCAACCCGAAAUCCAAGAAGCGCAAGAGGGCCAAGGCAGAAGGGGAUGCCGAGAGGGAAGAGAAGCCAGAAAUCAGCAAUGCAGAAAAGCGGAAAAACAAGAAGAAAAAAGCCAAGAAGGAGUACGCACCGGACGCCAAGGUGAAUGGCGACGGAAGUCAGGCUUUGUUACUUAAGUUCUAUAUAACCUUGUGGUACAGUGGGAAAAGCACUGGUUUCAGAAUCACAGAAUCUGGGUUCAAAAAUUCCAACUCUGUCAUUUAUGACCUGUAUGACCUCUGCUGUCAGUUCCUCUCUCUGGGUUUCAAAGGCAAAUUAUUAGCUAAACAAAGGAAAGCGAUAAUCAUAAAAUGUAAAACACAUCAUUUCCAUUAUACAAAAUACAAAAGCUUUUCCAUGAACCAAACCGAUGGAAAGAAAUAGAAUAGGCAAAAAUCU